UUCUUCCUCCCUCCUUCCUUUUCUCACUUCUCUUUCUUAUCCAACUGUCAUCUUUCUCUUCAAUAUUUAUCACCGUAUCCUUAUUCUUCGCCUUUUCCACCCAUCAAAUUUUAUCCUGAGGCUGGUUUCAUCACUAUGGCAAUCUCUCACCUCGUCCGUCGCGGCGUCGAGGUUGUCGCCAAUACCGUGAAAGACGGACACCCCGGCAAUCAAACCCCAGACAUCCAAGUUGGAUCCCCAUGGCUAGCUUCGCUUCUCCUCGUCACUGUUCUUGCUUUCGUUUAUGCUAUAUUCUCGAUUGAAUAUACUUAUGGCUUACUGAUCCCCGCCCUUGCUGCGGUGGAAGACUCUAACCCGGAUCUUUAUGUCCGCGUUGAAGCCGACCCCACGCUGAAGAACUCUGGAGAUCCUGCUGGGCUGGAGACUGCUGCUGCUGCCCCAAGCCCGAUCACUAGCAAGCUACGCACCACCGUCUGCCAUUUACGUGCCCGUGCCGGACGCCGAUCCCGUUUCCGAGGUAUUGGCAUGUUUCUCCUAUACACUUUCGCCGAAGGUUUCCUGAACUCCAUUAUACCUCUAUCUCGGAACUUUAUUCUCGGUCGUUUCAUUGCCAACUUCGCUAUCGCGAUUCUGCUUGCCAAUCUCAAGGUUGCCUGGGUUCAUAUUGUGAUCUCAGAGCCCUCUUCCAAGCGUUUCUACCAACGCAUUCCCAGCUUCAGAGACCUACGCAAGAUUGUCCCCGCCGCUAUUUUUGAGUACCUCCUCACAAAUGGUGUCGCCUAUGCUACACUUGUCGCCAUCAAGUGCAUUCAUGGAUUGGAUGACUAUGAUGGAGUCCUUCGCGGGACUCCAUCCUCCCCCAUCGCUUUCCGGUCUGCGAUGAACGUAAUUUCCAUUACUGCCUUCGUUAGCUGGUUAACAUCAAUCCCAGCCAGGGCCAUUUUCAUUCGCGUUGCUGCCUCAAUGCUCCCCGAGGAAGACGAAGCUAUUGUGCCCUUCGAUCGCAGCUUUGGUGGAAAGGUUGUUCCUGGCGUUGUGGGAGCCGGCGUUCUUAGCAUCUCGGAUGCAUGGAAGACCUUUGACUGGGAUGGCCGCAAGCGCUAUCUCAAGGCGUUGUUCAAGGCGGUUACCAUCGAGUUCAGUGUGGCUGUGUUCUUCGGUUUGAUUUUCACCGCUGAGAUCCUUGGAGGAGCUUUAGUUUGCAAACCAAAGAACUAAGCAGCAUCUUCGUCUAUGCUUUUCUGGGUGUAUUCUCGACUGCCGUUCCAACAGGCUUUGGCUACUGAUUUAUCAUACUCUCCCCGGUCUCCCGUUGUCAAAUGGAAUUGUGUAAUGUAUAGGAUGUCGUUCAUUAAUUAUAUAUUCAUGGGAAUCUAUCAAUUUUUUUUUUUUCUUUU